CAACGCAGUCAACAUGUAUCGGAUUAUCUUCCCACUUUUUCUAUUUGAAGUUGUGUUAAUUGAAAACGGUUGGACGGAAGAAAUACAGAUACCAUCAGUGUUGAAGAUAUGUAAUAGAAGCAAUCCACAUUUGAACGAGUGCAUCAAAUACAGUGUGGAUUCCCUUAAGCCCUAUCUCAAGAGUGGAAUACCUGAAUUCAAUAUUCCACCUUGUGAGCCACUUCAUGUGCCUCAGGUGGAAAUCAAGCAGGAUGCUGGACCUGUGUCAAUUAGCUCUAAUUACUCCAAUAUUAAAAUUGCUGGGGGAUCAGAUUUCAAUCUGAAAAGUGUUAAGAUUGAUGCCGAUAAUGAUCGAAUUCGUCUGAAACUCUACAUUCCGCGUUUGACAAUGACAUCCAACUACAACAUGUCAGGAAAAAUUCUGAUGCUACCAAUCACAGGUCACGGACAAGCACGCGGAAAUUUCUCCGAUAUCGACGCAAUCGUCACAAUUCAGGGUGAACGUUAUCAAGGCAGCAACACCACACAGAUAUAUUUCAGAGUUCUAGACUGCUAUUGUGAUUUUGAAGUUGGCCACGCUAGCCUGUAUCUUGAGAAUCUCUUCAAUGGUGAUGAGACCCUUGCUGACACCAUGAAUCUGUUUCUCAAUGACAAUUGGAGAGCAGUGGCUGCUGAGAUUAAACCAGCACUCGAAGACACUGUCGGCAGAAUGUUUAAAAAUUUCUCAAACAAAAUUUACUCCAAAUACCCACUCGAUCAGCUUCUACCCCCCUAAUUGAUGUCAACCAAUCGAAAUGGAGUUCCACACUAAGAGAAAAGUCGACAUAAUAUCACAAAAAUCAUUUCUUGAGCGAAAAACAUCGCGUACAUAUUUGGAGGAGGAAGUUAGUGAAUGAUUUUUUUUUUCGAAAUGAGAUAAUAUUCCUUCAAAGAUAAGAAUAGUUUCGUACUCAACGCGAUUGAGCGUAAGCGACGGUUAUAUUUUGGUAAUAUCUGCAGGUUUUCCUCUGCAUAAACUCUC